UGAAAUUUUUAACGGAACGCUUGUCAAGCCAAGUCAUUGAAAUAAAGUAGCAAGCGUUGAAUUUUCCUUUUUUAUAUUUUGUGUCUACGAAGUGUAAUAAAAACAAUAAUUUAAGAAAAAUUUAGCUGCAAAAGAUUAAUUUGAAAUGGGGCGAAAACGGAAAAUACCAAUUGCAGAUGAAGAAAAAGAAAAUACAGUUGCGAAAGGUCGAAAGCGGGGUGGUGGUGGCGUUGUUGCUGCUGCAAGCAAUUCGAUGAUGUUGCACGGCCCCAUGUACACAAUAAUGUCUAAUGUGCAAUUAAAUGAAACUAGCCACAAAAAAUAUAUAAAAGAAUUGAAGCAACUGUACGCAAAGAUGGAUCAUGAUGCAUUCAUGUUUACAUUCAUUAAAAUGAUAAAAACUGCAAUGUUGGCAGAUGAGGCUAAUGAAUAUGCAGAAACAACACUACUUUUUUGCUCCAAAUUUGUUAGCUCCUAUGAUGGCGACGAUACACAUCCACUACUUAUUGAUAUGUGCAAGUGGUUGCUUACGACCAUCUCACGCAAUCCCCAUAUACGCUAUCGUAUUUGCCAAUUUGUUAAUAUGAUUUUAAAAGCACUGGGACAGGAAGCAGCGUUGGACGAUGCGAUUUGUGAUCGCAUAUUGGAAUAUAUGCUGCAUCGUUUACAUGACACUUCGCCAAAUGUGCGGGUACAGGCAAUAUUAGCUAUGCAACGUUUACAAGUACCCGAUAAUCCCGACGAUCCAGUUUUGCGUGCUUAUCAAUUUCAUCUCUGCUCAGAUCCAUCAUCUCGAGUGCGUCAGGCGGUAAUUACAUGUAUGGGGCGUAAUUAUCAUACUAUACCCUACAUAUUGGAUCGUUUGUGGGAUAUUGAUGAAAAAGUACGACGGCACACAUACUUACAUAUGAGUAGUUAUCCAGUGCGGUCAUAUAAAGUGUCGCAGAGACUGACGUUAUUACAGCAAGGUCUAAACGAUCGUUCAGAAGCUGUACGCAAAGUGGUGGUAACAAUAAUGUUGCAGCAAUGGAUUGAGUCGUAUCAAAAAGAUCUUAUUGCGCUAAUAUCGGCGUUAAAGUUAGAUUCGAGUGAAGCUGAAAUCGAUCGAUUUCGUAAAGUAGCUAAACAAACAUUAAAAGAGAUAUUUAAGCGACAGAACAAAGAAGAUUUACUCGCUUGCGUACCUUUAGAGGAAGAUGGUGAAAUGCAUCGUUGUGUGCCAUACGAAAAGUUAUCAAUGGAAAUUGCACUGUAUUGGCAGUGUUUGACGGAGUUUUUACAAGCGGAAAUGGCAGAAGAAUUCGAUGUAAUAGUGCCAGAGUUAAGCACAUUUUGUACAUAUGUGGAAAAAUAUUGUCAUUCGCAAAAACCCGAUAUGGAUAAAUUUGAGUUAAUGGAAUUCCAAUACAAGUUACUCUCACUUAUGGAAAUUCUAUAUACAUUCGAUUUGGGUGAUGAAAUCGGACGCGGAAAUUUGCAAAAGCUGCUUGCAUAUUUGUUGAAAACAUUCCGUCUUGAAGAGAAGGUGAUUGAGGUCAUAGUACGUUGCGCCGAAAAUUUGAUAACUGAUCAAAAUACACGCAUACAGUUCAUAGUGGAUAUCGUACAAGAUAUUUGCGGCUUAAAUAGCAAACAAAAUGAUUUGUUGCAUGAUCGUACCUUGAUAUCCGAAUUAUUGGCAAGUUCUUCCAAUGCUGAUUUGAAUUUGAAAUUGUCCUCGCUUAAAGUGAAAAUUCUGGAUUUGGAGGAGCAAGAAAUGAAUUUUGUACAACGUAAAGAUUAUAUGCGUGCACAGCAAAUAACGGAAGAGAAGAUUGCUACCACAGAGGAGUAUACAAAUUUAUUGCAGCCACUAUUGGAGAAACAUCCGAAUGCUGAACAGUUGAAGCACCCGUUGCAGUUGCGCAAAACAAUCAAGCCUGAGUGUAUAUUGAAGAGCUUACAAAUUGUGUUCCACACAGUCGUAUCGCCUAAAACUCGUUCACUAAAUCCCAACAUAUUGAAUCUAUAUAAUGAUUUCAUUUGUCGUCAUCUUGCAUCAAAUCAAAUCGCAAUACGUGAUUGGGCUUUGAAAUGUGGUACUGCCUGCAGUAUGCUUUAUGAGGCGUUGGCAAAAGAUGUUUUCGAAGAAUUAUAUGCACAAUUUUUCAAAAAUCACAAUAUACGUAUUUGGGAGACAUCAAUUACGUGCAUCUUUGAACUGCUGGACAGAUAUGGUUUGGAUAAUUUUGCUAAACAAGAAGAGGCGAAUAAGACGAAGAAGAGCGGCCGCCAGCUUUACAACACUUUGGAGUUUUUAGAUAGCGAAGAUGACUCGAAUGUGUUGAACGCCGGUCAAGGCGUCGAUGUUAUCUAUAUGAUGUCACAUUUUCUAGACACUUGCGACGAUACUUGUAUAGUUAGUGCAAUUAUUGUUGGAUUCUGUCGGCUAAUUUUGCGUGGUUACAUCAAGUCGAGCGAUAUUAUCGAAAAAUUGCUUUUGCGCUAUUUCAAUCCAACUACAGAUUCAAAUAUUAACCAAAUAUUGGGUGUAUUUCUUGAAAAUCUAAUACAACGUAAAAAACAUGGUCUGCUACAGCCGUGUCUUUUGCCUAUGAUAACGACGGUGUUGAGUGCACCUUACGAGAAUCCACUGCAUGAUAUACGUCCCGAGACCAUAGCACGUUUCAUUAUUGACUCCACACGCCAAGAAUCAUCGCUAAUAACCGAUGGUUGGAUUCAUAAUAAAAUCGCACACACUUUUCUACAAGAAAUGCUAAAUAAUUUGUCUAAUAAAGAAUUGUGCAAACUUUUAGCUAAAGAGCUCAUUACACUCGAAUUGAGUGUCGUACAAAAUGAGCAAUUGAAGCUGGAAAUGAAAGAGAGCGCCGACAAGCUGAUAAAGGCCGAUUUCGAUCCGAAGACCGUCAAACACAUUAUAGAUUUCAAAGAUGUCGUCGAUGGCAACUAUAAUCCGGCACGUAAACCAGCAGCAAACGAUUCAGAAGGUGAAGAGGAUAGCAACGAUGAGGCGGAGAAUGAUGGCAAAGAUGACGAUGGCAGCGCAACAGCGACUACUGCGCGCAGUAAAACAUCAGUUAGUGAAUCUUUAAAUGAACCAACUUCUCAACCACCGCCAUCACAGCCGCCACUUGACGUCAUUGCUAACACUUCAGAAGUUGCAGCAUCGAGUGAGGAGCUGGCUAGUGAGGAAACGCCUGUUGUCGCAACCGAAGCGCCUACCGCUGCUCCAGCAGCCACCGCAAGUGCUGAUGAUGGCAUAAUAACAAAAGAUAUAUCACCAUCGGCACGUGUGCCCACUACGUAUGGUCGUGAGAAUAGUGUGGGACACCGUUAUCUGCGCAAAUCUUUGAAUUCCACACGUGGACAAUCCGAUACUGAGGCGGUAGAUGGGCCGCCACGUUCCCCGAAGAUACGUAUUGAGGCGCGCAUAGAUUCUGAUAAGAAGACGGAACAACCAGCACAUGAAGAGCGUCAAGUGCGCAAUACGCGUGUGAGGCGUAAUUUGCGUUACAUCGAAAAGAAUGCAAAUACCGAAGAACAGCAGGUAGAGACGGAAAAUGAUGUCGUGAAUGCACGUAAUAAACGACGCGCGAAUAUGCCAACCACUAGCGCUGAUACGGGCGCUGAUUUGGGUACACAUAAAAUUCAAAAUUCAAAUACAAAUCGCAACGCAAGUCCGCAAAAGCUGGCAAUUUCGACGACGGAGAGUGAUUCAAGUCCAGCAAAGCGUAAGACGAGGGAGACAGCUAAAGAAACGACGCGAGAGGAACGCUACGCAGAGAAAACGAAAAAGAAGAACAGAGUAGAGGCCAAGGAGCAGUCGGAAACACCUUCCAACUCAUCGAAAGCACAGUCCAGCGAACCGACAGAAGAGUUAGAUAAGGAGGCUAAUAAAGAAACGACAAAAGAGCAGUUGAACACGCAGUCACAUGAGCAAAUAAGAGACAAUAACAAAGCGAAAGGUACACCAGCAAAGCCGACUAGACUGGCGUCUCGCGCGUUAACCAGAAAUGCUACAAAAACUAUUAAUGUGGAUGAGCUCAACACAUCCGAUAUCAUACCACCUUCACCAACUGCUGUGAUGUCUCCACGCACAAUAGUGCGGCGUCAACGUCGAGCGGGUGGUGGUGAUAUAUCCGUUGCAAAACUAACGGAUACACAACGACGCUCCACACGAAGCCAAUCCGCACAAUCGGCACCGAAUCAAGACACAUCAGAUGAAAGCGGGGAUGAGCAGAGUGCCGCAGCCACAGCUACAAAAACUAUAACAAGUUCAACGCCAGCGCGCGGCCGUCUAAAGCGAACGUCUCAGGAAGCAGUGGUAAACUCAUCACGGAGAGAGUCACCCCAUUCAAAACGUAUUCGUGCUGAAACCCCACCCAAUCGACAACUACCCUUACGAACUGUGCGCAGUAGUAGCGUUUCCACGCCACAGCCCAGUACGCCGAAUGAAGAGAAUCUGCCUAAAGGUACUAGCACAGAGCCAAAACGUCGUGGGCGACCCCGUUCAAUUCCGGGACAACAGAGUAAUGCUGAAAAAAGCCCUGCAUCCAAGGACGCGACUGCAGCACGCACGCGUUCGGCUACACGCGCGGUUUCUUUAACACGCACGCGAUCUGCCGCACAGUCCAUCGUCCCCACCGAUACGGAGGGACGUGGUAAAGCUGAAACUACAACAAAAGAAAGACGGUCGACCGUCCGAUUGGGCGCGGAAGCACGAGCCCAGUCGGCGCCGGAUUCCAAUAAUAAAAAGCUUACGAAUGUCAAUUCAACCACUGAGGCAGAAAAACAGAACGUCACAUCGGAAACGUAUCUGCGCUCCGCACCACGAUCACUAUCUGCCGCGAAACGCGUCUCCACUGCAGUGGUGGAUGGAAACGAUAGCACGCAACGUGAAAAGCUACGCAAGAGUAAUGAAAGAGAUCUGAGAUCGAGAGAAUCACCACAACUAACCGGCACUAUGACACGUCGGUGCUUAUCGAUCAGUGGCGAUGGUGGAGUGGAUGCCGCUGACGUCACGGAAACCAGGCGUUCCCUACGCGAAAAAACAAUUCAAAGCAACGAACAAACGAAGGAAGCCAACACAACCAGUAAAAGCAAAGUACAAACGCGGCCGAGUAAAAUACCAGUGCGCGCUUCAAAUCACAAAUUGGCAACUGUAAUGAAAACACGAAAUGGCGCACGUCAAUUAUCCUCUUCUCUGGUACUGGCGCCGAAGGCGGUUGAUUCCAUAAUUAGCAGUGCCAGCGGCAGUUCGAGCAAUGAUGAAGCGACGAAAUCGUUUGGCGCGGGUUUGUUGCGCAAGCGUACACUUGCUACGAAAAUGACGCGCAUCAACUUGACGCAACACAGCAAAGGUAUCCCAUUGCCGCUGGAGUUGGCGCGACCGACACGCCUGCGACCGCCCACAACCAAUGCGCCCACACAUAAUUUGAGAGCGAAGAAACGUUGAAUGUUACGAGUGAAUGAGGCAGUGUGGAGGGAUCUAUAAAAUUAUACAUGGCUACACAUACCUACCUACAUGCAUAUAUACAUACAAACAUAUAUUCUUCUAUUCUACACCGUAUACAAUUGUUGUUGAAUAUUGCGUAGUUUUAAAAAAAAUUGCAUGCACUGCAAAUAUUUUUAGCAUUAAUACAUAUACAUACAUAUAUUUCGUUUUAUU